AUGAAAUCCGUCAUCGUCAAAGCGCAUCCUCUACGAUGCGAGAUCAUAGACACUCCCAUCCCACAACCCGGGCCGGACGAGGUCCUGAUAAAAGUCAUCUUCUGCGCCAGCAACCCACGCGACUGGAAAGCCCCCGAUCAUCUUAUUCCUGGCAUUGAAAUAAACCAGGGUAAUGAAAUGUCUGGGAUUGUCGAGGCAGUGGGGAACAAUGUGUAUGAGUUCCAGAAAGGCGACAGGGUUGCGGCAGCGCAUCCUAUGCAGACGGAGAAUGGCACUUAUGCCGAGUACGCAACUGCUCCUGUGAAUACGUGCUUUCUGCUGCCGCCUAAUAUCUCAUUUGAAGAAGCCAGUACCAUACCGUUUGCCUUGUGCACAGCAGCAAUAGGCCUAUACCAACGUCUCAAAAUUCCGUUUCCUACAUCCCCAGAGAGCACCCAGGUUCAACCUCCAUUGAUCAUCUACGGAGGAGGCUCUUCCAUUGGAGCAUUUACGCUAAAAUUGGCAAAGUUUGGACGCUUUGAAAAAGUCAUUGUUGUAUGUGGAUCUGGAAGACCAUACAUCGAGUCGCUUGGCGUAGCUACGGAUUUUGUGGAUUACCGAAACUGCAAUGUCGUUAGUGAUCUAAAAGCUGCUCUUGGAGGAAAGAAGUGUUUUCACGCUGUUGAUGCUAUCAACGAUAGUAACAGUUUUCGACAUUUAUCACAAGUGUUGGCGCCAGAAGGAUCUUGCAUAUCGGUAUAUCUGCCUCGUUUAGAUUACAGCGAUAUUCCUCCCUGGAUUUCUGUUGGCAUUACUUUCUUCGGCACGGUACACAACGAAAAUAUGGAUUUUGCGUAUGCCUUGUUUCGGCUCGUCGGUCGAUGGAUUGCUGAGGGUAAGAUGAGCGGGCACCCAUACGAAGUUCUGCCGCACGGGUUGGAGUCUGUUGAAAGGGGCUUAUGGAUGUUGAAAGAUGGAAGUGUAAGUGCUAAGAAGCUUAUAUAUAAGGUUUCUGAUACGCCUGGGAUAAGUCCUGUGUAA